UCCGUCUCGGCAGGGCCCGCUGGCCUUGGCUCCGAAUGCCUCGGAGUUGUCCCAAGAGGCGUCAGGGCGAUUGUCACGAGUGUGAACGGCGCGUGUUCCACCUCGAGUACGUGUUUUGCAGACGCUGCGCGCAGCCCCGCCUACGUGCGAGACGCUAAGCCGCCCAAGUCCCGGGUGACAGCGCUUGAACAAGUUUCGUAAAGGUGUAGGUGACGGAGUCGAAAUCUAUCCCGCCAUGCCGUCCUCGUGGAACCCGACAGAAGAUGAAGCCGGCAAAAAGGCCCUUGAAGAGGCUUGCAAGCCCGGACCGGCGUACAGGAAUGCCUAUAGGGACUUUGAAGGUCUGUACAUCAGCAAUACGUUCACUGAUCGGAAUAUGCGCUCCGCGUUAUCUUACAAGCCGAUGGACGGGGACAUGUUCGUCGUCAGCUACCCGAAAUGUGGCACGACAUGGAUGCAGCACAUCGUGUAUGCCAUAUACCGAAAUGGUGUGGGCCCAGCCAACCUCCAGGAGUUUAUGAGCAUGUGUCCGUUCUUGGAGCUCCUGGGAGCCGAGGGCGCGCAGUCGAUGCCGCGACCGGGAGCCAUCAAGACCCACCUGCCAUUUCACAUGCAGCCUUACUCGGAGAAGGCAAAGUACAUCUACAUCACCCGCAACCCGUACGACUGCUGCGUGUCCUUCUACUACCACACAAGGAACAUGCCGCUGUACCUCUUUGAAGACGGCACGUUCGACCAGUUCUUCGACAUGUUCGUCGAAGGCAAGGUCGACUUUGGCGACUACUUCGACCACCUCUUGUCCUGGUACGAGCAUCGCGAUGACAGCAACGUGCUUUUCGUCACUUACGAGGACCUCAAGAAGGACACUCGUGGCUGGGUUCUCAAGGUUGCCGACUUUCUGGGCAAAGAGUACGGCGACAAACUGAGGGAGAACCCGGACGUUCUAGAGAAGGUACUCACUUCGAUAAGCGUCGACUCCAUGAAGAAGAUCAACGCGGAGCUGGGUAACUGGACCAAGGAUCUGGCCAGCGUUCCUUUGGAGGCACUGCCUGCAGGAUUGAGGUCGUUGGUGGAAACCAUGGGGAGCAUGUUGCAGAAGCCAGUUAAAGGAGACUUCGUGAGGAAAGGCAUCGUGGGUGACUGGAAGAACCACUUCUCGCCGGAACAGGUUGCCAGGAUGAAAGAGCGGAUCACGCUCAAGACCGCAGGCAGUGACGUUAUGGACCUGUGGAAUGACGCUGGCCUGCCCUAAAUAUCAACGCCAGACUGCGAUCUGAUGGACAAACGUUCAACAGUGCCGAGAGACGGAUUAUUGUGUUUUUCAAUACAGCCGUAGCUAUGAAAUAAGCGUAUAGGCUUGCACAUUCGUGAGUUCAAUAUAAAAAGGUUAUUCAUCCAA